UUUAUGAUCAGGUUUAGUUUAGUUUUGCGUCUCAGUUAAAACCAUCUGACUCAAAGCACAUUGUUAUUCACAGGGCGUUCUACGGCAUUGAUGAACGCUUUCCAGCAAAUCAGCUCCUUGUAAGGUCGUUUGGGGGGAAAAAACGAAAUAUUUAUCUUGUCUCCAAAGCCGUGAAAGAUGUUAUGGAAACUAUUGAUGAUAGUCAUAAGGUUUGCAACACAUUGUUAUUUCUUUAAUAUUAAUAUUUUGCGCAUUUGAUCAUAUUUACAUGUAUUUUGCGCAAUAUAAAUAUUAAAUUAUUAUUAUUCUUUCAAGUAAAUAUGGUUUAUAAAGAAGGUUUCCCUAUUAAAUAACCAAGCGAAAACCAGACACCCCCUCGUUUUACUCCCGUGAGGGAAAUUUAUCACCGACGUAAAUAAAGAGAAAAAUUCGCAACCUAAGAGCCUGUUUACGUGGAGGUUGGGGACCCCAGGAAGGUGAGGUAACCCGCUUAGGUGGGGUAACCCGCCUGUCCAUAAAAUCUCCCAUUUUAAUUUGAUCACGUUUAGAGGAUAGGUGGAGGUGACCAUUGGAGAGAUUAUAUGGACAGGCGGGUUACCUCACCUUCCUGGGAUCCCCCACCUCCAUAUAAACAGGUCCCUAAAUUUUGCAGGCUUUCGCGUCUGCGUUUGUCAUGUUGACUAAGACAAAACGUUUCCAACGAAUUUCUGGUCAUCUCUGUUGCUUUAGUAAACAAGAAUUACUUUGCUUGAGAGCGACACAUGCCAACCAAGGUGUUUAAGUGCACUCUGCUAAAGGGGCUAAACUCUCACACUCUCUCCUUACUCACCUAUAUAGCAAAAGGGAAAUGGGUGGCCCCUGAUAAACAGCUUGUUUUCAUCCCUUGUCAGGAGUCUUCAAGGAUGAAAAGGGACAUUGCAAAUCCCAAGGGUUUUGAACCACCCAUUUAAAUGGACCUGUUAACAUAAGGAAUGUAGCUUGAAGGGAGAGUUUUUUCAAUUUUAGCAUAGGAAUUUAGAUUUCCUUUUAGUAGCUGAGAGUUUAUUAUAUGACCGCUAAUUGCUUUAUUAUAAUUAUAUAAACGAAAGCUUCGUUUUUAUCCCUGGCUAAAUUUAUAUAUUAAGCACAGGUAGAAGUGUUUCCUUACACGGUCAUUCUUGUAAGUACCUUUCAACUUUAAAUAACAGGAAACAAUAUGAAAUUAGAUUAUCGUGCCUUUAUUCCUUACAAGGCUGUGUCUCCCUUUGCAGGUUGUAAACACAGGUAUGAAGGUUAUUGCACGCUCUGAAGCUGACAAUGUGGCUUGUCAUUUUCGACUUAUGCAGGAGGUAUGCAACAACCACCUUCACGCCUUCUCGAGCCGUGAAGAACGCCUCAUAUCAGUCUAUCCAAAUACAAUCGGCCGAGUAUAACUGGGUCAAACGCCGCACUUCAACCGAGCCCAACUUAAUUAUUUGAUCUGGGCUCAUCUGAAGAACGGUGUUUUAGCCGGGCCUUAGUGUCGAACUUCACAUGUGCCUAUCUAUUAUUCUCGUCCAUUUGCAUUAGGCUUGGUGCAUAUUAGGUUCCUUUAGUUAUUUCACAAAAUGUUAUAACGGUUUUUAUUGUUGGUAUUUCAAUUACUUAGGGUAUCGAAGCGUUGUUACCCUACAUAACCAAGCGCAAAGUAGCUAUAACCCAGGAGGAUGUCAUAAUCCUUUUAACGCAAGACAGGCCCUUUUGCUCUGAGUUUUCAAGUACAACUAGGGACCAGCUCAGCAGUAUCGAAGGUUUGCUUCUCUCUCUCUUGUUUUCAUACCAAACUACACUGUACACGUAAAUAUUUACAUAAAUACGUCUUCCCAUUCUGUUCUCUGCAAAUGUUAGGUGGCUAUUUCCUGGAAAAAACACUCUAGGUUGCCAAUUAGCACUUCUUUUUACUUACUUCAGUUAGCAGGAAACCUUAAGGCAUGAAGCGAAUUGUAGAGGAUAGAAAUUAAAUAUGGAUAAUACCAUUUAUUUGUUAAAAAAGGAAUAAUGUUUAGCAUGUUUCUUGUCUGAUUGCCUUUAAGAUAUCGCUUAAUAAUUUUAUAGGACUGUUAAACACAAACACAUACUUUGUUACAGGUAGCCAUUACGACACCUGAAGGAGGGUCAUCAGGUUAUCCCUAUAGUAAGAUCUCUCCUUACAGACAACCCACCCAGCCCUGAAAAGGUUGGCCACACCACCGGGAUCUACCUCCCCUAGACACGUACAUUGAGUUGCACUCUUUGUACCUGACUUUUCACUAAUAUUAUGUGUAUUUGCUUUAUAGGACAAGGCUGUAUCGUGUACCUUUAUGAACCAACAGGACCAUACAGGUGAGUGGUUAUUUAUAAUAGGUUCUUAAGUUGUGGUUCUAUCUUACCGCAGAGUCAUGAAACUGAAGCCAAAGGCUCCCAUAAUGGGGUUUAUUGUAUGAAUAACUAGAGCAUCCCGCCAUAUGGAAUAAAAACAAUUAAGGAGAAAAAACGAGAUUAAUACAUAUAAAAUUAACUUUUGUAGAAUGUGUAGUUAAAUCGCCCACCCCGCAAAAAUUUCCAUUCCAGGGGGCGCUUGCCAGGCCUCCUUACCACCUGGAAUUUCCCUGGUUUUCUGUUUUUUCCGUCAGCAAUGUUGUAUAAUGCGAAAAGUAAAUGUUUGUGGGAUAAAGUGAGAAAAAAAUCUUAAUCAUGUUAAUACAUGGUCUAAUAAGAUCAAUUUUGCCCUGUAGAGGUCUUUCUUAGCUAAUAAUUAACGGUAAGCCACUGCCGAAGAGCCAUGGAGGUGAUACAUUCAGUAAAAGAUAAAGUUACCUUUAAACUAACACCGAAUGGACUGAAAUUAAUUCCUUUCAGUUAAAACAUGUAAGAAGAAGGCUUAGAGCACUAUCACAUUACGGUGCAUACCACAACAGUGUAAUAAAGCAACAGCUAAAUGACUGGAAGUUUAUUCAUGACCGAUGACAAUUGCAUUAAAACAAAUAAAUAAAAAAAGAAUUCAGCCGACCCUAAUUAAAAGAUUACAAAUACAAUAAUUCUUGUUUUGAAACAUCCGAGUAGCAAUAGUCGCUACUGGGCGGCACGACCAAUCAGAAUCGAGUAUUUAGACCACGUGACCUAAAUUGACCAAUCAGCGUCCAGGAUUUCAUGGGGGUUAGUACCACAUGUAAAACCAUCACGAAAAGUCUCCCAACAUUCCCCCGUCAUGUAAGACACACGAAAAGUCACGUUUCAACCAAUUUUAUUCUGACGUCAUACCUAGCGUUACAAUCGGGGCGUGUGUGACCUCCUAUUGACGUCACGCCCAUUUCGUUUUAAAAAGUUUAAAAAGUCAUCAAAAAAAUGGCCGGGAAAGCGGUGGUUCGGUGGCCAUUGCCGGUACUGGCUAGAAAGUUCUUACUUGGUUGGAGCAGAGUCUGAUCAGUCGGAUGGACUCGGCUCACAGGUUCGAAUCCUGUCGGGAACGGUUUUUUUUUUCUUUACAAAUCUAAUAAAAUAUCUACAUUUUGUGCGUCGCACUCUGUCAACACUCGGUAUCCAAAAGGAUAACUGAUUUGGCUAAUGGUUACAUCAUCACUUAACGUGUAGUCUACCAAAGAAAGUACUGCACAGGGUAUCAAAAUUCUAUAGAAAACAACGGGUGGUUCUAAAGUAAACCCUAACUCUUUUGGUUCUUAAAUCAACUCCAUUUUUGUUCCUAAUGAGUGGAAAGUUUAUUUAUAAAAAUAGGAAUAAGAGAUGCGAUCCCCUACUGCUAGCAACACAUGUCUUCUUAUUUAGCGCUAAAAAUCGGAUAUAUAACAAAACACAUACACACAUACAAAAAGUGGAGCUGAAAACUCUCUAUUUCAAUUUUGACUCACCAUUACGAAAGCGUUCUCUCCGUUCCAUCUCGAGGAAACGACUAACUAUUGAAAUCUCAGCGCUUGAUGAGCUUAUGGUUUUGUCAAUUUACGCGCCGUUAGCGUUAGUCAGUUAAUUAUGCUGGCUAACAAGUCUAAAGUUGAAUAUAAAUUAGUUCAUCUCUACAGCUAGACCCAAGGGAGCACCUUGACUUAUUAUUGUAAAAACACAAACAAUUAAUAACUUAACAAGGAUCAAUUAAAACACGCGACAAAUAAAUUGACAAGACACGAGAUACAGUUUUAAAAACUUUAUUGAAAACCAGUGACAAAAAGAGUCAAAUAAACAGCGAUUUGGAAGGGAUGGAAAUUAAUCAUCUUCUUCGUUCUCCUCUUUAGAAGGUGAAUAAAAAUUGGUUUCCAACGUCUUGGCGUUUUUGUGUGUAAUUAAUCCACAAUCGUGACACCGAAGAAAGCCCUCUUUAAUGUAUUUUCUCUCCUCGGGGAUCUGGUGAUCGCAUAUAGGACAAAUCUUGUAGUUAUCGUGCCAAAGGCAUUUAGGACAUUUCAUGAUCAAUGUGGAGUACACAUUAGAGUUUUCGCAACGUUCACAGGGACUUUUAGAGUGAAAGGUGGUGGACGUUUCAGGGCUACUACUUUCUGCUUCCUCACUAUCGCUUUCAGUGUCGUUGUCGCUCUCUUGGGUGCCUUCAGUUUCAACGCCAUUCUCAGAAGCCACUUCCUCCUCCUCCUCCUGAUUUUCAAUAUCCGAUGAACUCUCGUCAUUAUUACUCUCAUUAUCGGAAGUAUUUUCUACAUUUCGGUAGCCUUUUUCCUUUUCUAUUAAAUCACUUAACAACUUUUUGUUUUUGAUUAAACCUUUAUCGAUUCCUAACUCUGCAAGUCCAUCUAGAAACGUAUUUAGCGCACGAGGCUUGGUAACCUCAUUGUUAUGAGGGAGUAACACAUACUCAACUAGCUCGGCGAUGUUUGUGACGGGAAUAGUGCGUUUAUUUCGAAGUAAUUGUCCGCUGGGAGUCCAGAAAAGAAUAUCUUUGGAGGCGGCCAUACUAUGCAGCAAAUCAGAAGCACGCUUUUCCGACACUGCUCGGGAAAGAUGACUCAAAACAUCUUUUAUUCUUGGUUCUUCUUUUAUUCUUGGUUCUUCAUCCUCGCUUUCAUCACCAGAACUUUCACUUUCUUCAUGUUCACUCUCGUGUUCUUCUUCAACCAAAUCUAUCUUUCUCUUCAUUUUGAUGAGUACCCGUGACAGACCGUUGCUUCAAAUGAGUAACUUAUAGUUUCGUUUCCUCUUUUAUAGCAUCAAAAAUCCUAGGCUUGUAACAGCAGGUACCAAUAGGUCUUGAAUAAAACCAUCACCCUCUUGUACAAGGAUUCGCUUCUUUGUUUUGUAAGGUACAUUUGUUUCUGCUAGGUUUACUAGAGCAUCCUUAUAUGGCAACACGUUCCGCUUAUUUUCUUCGGGGAUAAGAAUGUAUUCCUUAAGUAUAUUGUAUAAGACUUGGACUAAUGCAUGUAGUUGUUUUGGACUGGCUGUCCGUAAAAGAAACUGUCGCUGAUGAGCUGGACAAACAGCUAAGAAUUGAAGAAAACCACGAUUGUUCUUGACAACUUGAGACAUUGCGACAAACUGAACUUAUGAUAGUAGUUUGCAGUCUUUUAUUGACUGUCGUGGAGAAAAACAAUGGAAAUGUGAUGGCGGUGGUGGUGGUGGAGGGAAAACAAUAGAAUGAGGAGGAGGAGGAGGAGGAGGAAAAGCAAUAGAAAUGAGGAGGAGGAGGAAAAACAAUAGAAAUGAGGAGGAGGAGGAAAAGCAAUAGAAAUGAGGAGGAGGAGGAAAAGCAAUAGAAAUGAGGAGGAGGAGGAAAAACAAUAGAAAUGAGGAGGAGGAGGAAAAACAAUAGAAAUGAGGAGGAGGAGGAGGAAAAGCAAUAGAAAUGUGAUGGUGGUGGUAGUGGUGGUUUUAGGGGAGGAAAACAAUAGAAUUUUGUGGCCUGAAAACCUAUAUAAAUGCGCAACAUUCUACCUCUUUCUCAGUCUACAUUUUACUCCUGAGGAGUUGACAUGAGUUGGCUCUGUUCUGUCUGCGAAAAAUCCUUUAGUAGAAAAGAUAAUAUGCAAAGGCACGUGAUGUCUAAACACCGCAAUGCUGGUCUCACACCAUUUCAAACAGUUCCAAUAUUUUCACAGAAAUGUCAGCGGUUUCGCUUCGAGCACCCUUUCACCUCCAUGAUUGCCGGAAUGACCGGGUCGGGAAAAACGGCCUGGGUUCGAUCUCUAUUGCAACAAGCUUCAGAGACAAUUUACCCUCCCCCGGAGAGGAUCGUUUGGUGUUAUUCACAAUGGCAGCCUGCGUAUACACAAAUGUUAAUCGCCAUGCCAAACAUUGAAUUCGUCAAGGGAAUUCCUAGGGCUUUGGAGCAGGAUUCCUAUUUUGACGUGAACAAACGGAAUUUGAUCGUGUUUGAUGAUCAGAUGAUUGACGCCAGUAAAGACAAGCGAAUUGUGAACCUCUUUACUCGUGGUUCUCAUCAUCGCAAUCUGAGCGUGAUUUAUAUCGUGCAGAAUCUAUUUCAUCAGGGGAAAGGUAGCCGCAGCAUAAGCCUAAACAGCCAUUAUCUGGUGUUAUUCAAGAAUCCACGAGACAAAUUGCAAAUCCUGACUCUGGCGAAGCAAAUGUAUCCCAGGCAGACUGAUUUCUUUUUAAAUCAGUACGAAGAGGCUGUAAAAAGACCUUUUGGUUAUCUUCUGAUUGAUCUGAAAACUACUACCCAAGAUAAUUGUCGGUUGCGAACAAACGUCCUACCCAGUGAAGAAGGCUUUAACCAAGCAGGGUUUCAGGAAAAUAUUCCUCAAGAGCUUCUAAAAUAUCUGAAGCAGCAAACUCUUUCGCCUGUCCCGCUUCUUCCAGCUAUGCAAGAAAUACAAGGCAACAUGGAUGACGUGCUUUCUCGAAACGAUCUUCGGGACGAUGAAAAAGCUAAACGAUACUUUCAGUUGCAAAACAGAUACCUGGCUUUUAAAGAACAAUUAAAUACAAGAACACGACCGGAAGAAAUAAUCAGCACUGUUCCAGACUUAACAUCAAGGACACAAGAUUCUUCGACAGCAACGACAGCAUUCUCGACUCCCCUCAACCCCUUUAAUGUAACACCUGAAUUAACACAAGCGGCUAUCUCUCAAAAACCUGACAAAGAAAGCCUCACCCCUCCACCACCCUUAAAUCCUGCUUUCCUGACCCCUCCUCCCACAGUAGAAACCCCAUCACCACAAGGCCCGAAGCGCAAGAGGCGUCGGAUUCAAUUUCUAAAUUAUUUGGAUGAUCAUAAAUCUCAUGGCAAACAGCUGAAGAAACGUCGGCAUAAGAAAUUUCGAGUUAGACCUUACAAGUACUCCAUGGGCGAAGAAGAUGAUUAAUUUCCAUCCCUUCCAAAUCGCUGUUUAUUUGACUCUUUUUGUCACUGGUUUUCAAUAAAGUUUUUAAAACUGUAUCUCGUGUCUUGUCAAUUUAUUUGUCGCGUGUUUAAAUUGAUCCUUGUUAAGUUAUCAAUUGUUUGUGCUUUUACAAUAAUAAGUCAAGGUGCUCCCUUGGGUCUAGCUGUAGAGAUGAACUAAUUUGUAUUCAACUUUAGACUUGUUAGCCCGCAUAAUUAACUGACUAACGCUAACGGCGCGUAAAUUGACAAAACCAUAAGCUCAUCAAGCGCUGAGAUUUCAAUAGUUAGUCGUUUCCUCGAGAUGGAACGGAGAAAACGCUUUCGUAAUGGUGAGUCAAAAUUGAAAUAGAGAGUUUUCAGCUCCACUUUUUGUAUGUGUGUAUGUGUUUUGUUAUAUAUCCGAUUUUUAGCGCUAAAUAAGAAGACAUGUGUUGCUAGGGGAUCGCAUCUCUUAUUCCUAUUUUUAUAAAUAAACUUUCCACUCAUUAGGAACAAAAAUGGAGUUGAUUUAAGAACCAAAAGAGUUAGGGUUUACUUUAGAACCACCCGUUGUUUUCUAUAGAAUUUUGAUACCCUGUGCAGUACUUUCUUUGGUAGACUACACGUUAAGUGAUGAUGUAACCAUUAGCCAAAUCAGUUAUCCUUUUGGAUACCGAGUGUUGACAGAGUGCGACGCACAAAAUGUAGAUAUUUUAUUAGAUUUGUAAAGAAAAAAAAAACCGUUCCCGACAGGAUUCGAACCUGUGAGCCGAGUCCAUCCGACUGAUCAGACUCUGCUCCAACCAAGUAAGAACUUUCUAGCCAGUACCGGCAAUGGCCACCGAACCACCGCUUUCCCGGCCAUUUUUUUGAUGACUUUUUAAACUUUUUAAAACGAAAUGGGCGUGACGUCAAUAGGAGGUCACACACGUCCCGAUUGUAACGCUAGGUAUGACGUCAGAAUAAAAUUGGUUGAAACGUGACUUUUCGUGUGUCUUACAUGACGGGGGAAUGUUGGGAGACUUUUCGUGAUGGUUUUACAUGUGGUACUAACCCCCAUGAAAUCCUGGACGCUGAUUGGUCAAUUUAGGUCACGUGGUCUAAAUACUCGAUUCUGAUUGGUCGUGCCGCCCAGUAGCGACUAUUACUACUCACCCGUUAACAGUAAAUAACUAAUGGCUUGCUUAACAGAGCAGCAGUUAGUUUUUAAUAACAAGCCAAGCAUACUCGAAGCCCCCGGAAAACGACCUCAUAAAGCCACUCCCCACCCCCUUGGAAAUUGCCUCCUUUUAAAUCCUCCCCCCCCCCCUCCCGUCAGAAUUUCCCUUGUCCUGCGUGAGGAGGGUAUGGAUAUUUUUUUGGAACUACACAAUAUUGGUUUUGUUGGAAACAGCAAAUGAAAAUUGAAAGACCUUUUUGAACCCUGUUACCAACAUACUGAAGUCGAAUUUACUGCCAGCUUUUGAAAUAUGGUACCUCUCGUUUUAGUGCCAUCACAAUUUACAUUCUUUCACUCAUCGCCUAGCUUGUUGACAACAGUUUUUCGCGUCAGAUUUGUAUAGGUGACGCCGUACUUUAUUACGAUGUUAAAUCUUUUGCAAGCCGUUGGCCUUGAUUACUCUGAAGUUUUGAACUUCCUCUGAACAUGUGUUUCAGUGGGUACACUUGCUUCAUCUGGUUUCACUCUUUUCCUUUGUCUUCCUUAAGAUCAUUUCGUUGUUAAUUGUCACUCUCUUGAUCUAUCUUGGUGAAACGGUCUGAGUACUAUCUCUGCGCUCCCUAUAUAUUUUAAUAUUAAGAGAACGUUUGACCCCCUCUGAACGUAACUUUGAGAUGCUAAGAUAGGUUUAAACUAAAUGCCGUUUCAAACGUUUUUCGUUCUCAAAAUGCUGCAAAAAUCCAAAUUGUUUACCUCCCUUCCAUUUGGGAUUCUUAAUAUUUUUAUGUUGAAUUUGACUAUUAUUUGCUUGUUCCCAAAAACGAUUGCGCUGUUAAUAGUGCUGAGAAUAAAUAAUGAUCAUUACUUUUUUACGAUGUUUUUUGGUUAUAUUUGUGGUCUUUCAUACAUAUGUUGAAGUUCAAUAUGAUCUUUGGUUCUCUCUUUAUUUUUUGUGUUAUGUGCAAUGAUUUUGAAGCAAAAGGAAAUAAAAGUUUAUUCAGGAAUUAAUUGGAACAAACAGUGUUGUGCCAUCGCGGUUUAGAGGUUACCCAUAUGCUCUUCACCUGUUUAGUUUUCCUGUGUGUAUGCAGCGUUGCUAUCAGACUAGCAAAAAUCUCCUAGUCUCCAUUCUAUUAUAGCAAAGGGUUAACUAGGCUUGUACUUCCGUGAUCUUUGUAAUUGUAAUGGCGUUCGACGUUAGCCAGGGCAUGAGCAUUUAGUAGAAAGAAACUCGAUUUUGAGUGGGUUGGGCAAGGUAAGGCAAGGUACAGGAUACGAAAAUACGUCAGCCUCCUCGUUCCCAGAGCCCUUCGUUUCUCUCGGUUGCGUGGUCUUUGAAACAAGCGCUUUGGCGAAAAACAUGUUUAGAAAUGUUAAAGGGGACAUCCAGAAUGCUCAACUGGGUUGGUAUACAUUUAAAACGACAAGAAAAAACCAGCUGGUCAUACUGUUGGUUUGGAGAACUAAGGCAAGUAAUCGACAAGUGAUCCAACAUUAAGAAUUCAUUUCGGCAAAUUACUUUUUGGAAAGCAUCUGUGGGAAAUAUCAGUAUCGCUCCCUUUUUUGUUAGAAGAAAACUUUCAUCAUUCUGAGUAACCGUUUUGCGCACUCGUUGGAGCUACAAGUAUUUUAAAUGUCAGAAUGUUUUGUGUUUAGUUCAUUAGGAGAAUAAAAUUAGUAUAGCCCUUUCUUGUGCUUUUAAUACUAACAACGUCGUUAUAUUACACUCGAGUUAUAUUUAUUCAGAAAAUCUUCAUAAGCUUUAAAGACAAUGUUGAUACUUUGGUCUUUACAUUAAAGAAAGCUACAAUACCCUUCACAAAUCAUUGAAACUGACACCGUUUCUCGUAAAUUUUCUCGAAACUUUCUUACAUUCAAUCUUCGCAAUUUUUUUCUCACUCAAAUAAGCCCCACUCCUUUCCCAAUGUUGAGCCACGCGUAUUUUGAAGCACUAAGACGACUGUGCAAUCAACAUUGGGGAAGGGGAAACGCACACAAGUGUUUCAAGAUUUUUGACGAGCAUUGUAGUCUCUGUAAAACCCAUCUCCCUGAUUAAAUUCGUCUUCAUAAUUCACUGAUUUGUUCAAACGACUACACUUUGGUGACAAUUAUCUUCAACGUCCAUUCCAAUGGUAAACAUUUGAACGUACUCACUAAUCCCCGAUUACUGCUAGUUUCUAUUAUACCAGUUAACAAGUCCGAAUGCUCAAUAGUCACAAGUAAGGGGAUACAUCUUUUGUGUGGACUAGUUUUUGAGAAGCCUUAUCCACUGCAGCAGAGAUCACAGUUACUUCUCUCCGGCACAUUUUUCUUCUGUCUUUUUUGUCUGUUUGUUUGUUUGUUUCAGUAAACCAGAAGACACCAUUGGAUGCAGACUUAUAUUUUGUGGCUGGAAAGCUAAGGUAUCAACUCGACUUCAAAUUAGCAAGUUUGACAAGGCACACUACCAAGUACUGUGUGGGGCACCUACUGAAGAACGCAAAGGUAAAUGAAUUUUUUACUUUUUCCAUUGCAUUGUUUACUAUAUUGGAACCUUUUUGUAAACCCAAUUGUUAGAUUUUCUGCUCUAUAAAAUAUGUAUCAUCCUCGAGUCGUGAUAAACAGUCAGUGCCAUUUCUAGCAAUGUUUCGAUUUCUUAGCAGACCCCAUUUAAUGGGCUGUUAAAUGACAACAUAAUUAAUAAUAAUGACCUUUGUUUACCUUCGGCAAUAUUUAUAGCACUUAUGCUUGUUGGGUUGGGCAAAUGCCUGAAAUAAAUAAUUGAAAUCAAAUUAUAAUUCAAAUUCAGGGUUAAGAAUCCCAACUGGUCGGAGGCAAAGCAGUUGGCUAUUUACAAGCAAGCAUGACCGAGGAGUCGAACAAAUCCACCUAGUGGUCAAGGCGGUACUUAAACUCGGGGCUUCCGAAUUGCAAGUCCAGUGCUCUAAACUCUCGGCCACGCUGCUUCCGUAUUUUCGUACAUUGCAUGCUGAUUCCCGUUGUCGAUUACGUGAUCUUCCCAGCGCAUUAAUAUGGCCGAUACUCUCCUUGAAUAAAGUCAAAUAAUAUGCAUAGAGAACAAACUAGGAAAGUGAUUAACUUUGGACGCGCGAACUAAAGAAAUAUUUUUUACCGCUGACAGGAAUGUUUUAGUAUCAGAAUUUUUUUACUGACUUAUUGGCUUUCUUGAAACCAUGGAAUUUCAACCGUGUUUUUCGACCUGUCAAUCCCUAACGAUACAGUAUUUUGUAACGUAAGUAUACCCGACCGGUUUUAUCGCUCUCCCCACCCCAUCUAAGGCUUUGUUCACAAUAUAACGGAUUUCUUUUGCGCCGGUACGGAAAUCAUAGCGGAUAGAGCCUCUGUUAAAACACAAGAAUGGUGACUUUGGCGCGAUUUCUUUGACCAAGCGAAGCUGCGCCGCGCCGGUCUCAAGAAUUGGAGCGUCACACAUCGGGUAGGUUCAGUGCUACACGUUUGUGUAGUGUGAACAGCUAUUUGGACCGUAGCGGAAGUGAAUAACUAGGAAAGAAAACUGAAACCCACUGAGACGGAAGAAAAUAUUCAGGUGUGAGGACAUCAAGGAAACAUCAAUGAACACGUCAGUAUGAAAAAUAAAUACACAUUUCCCAAACUAGAGAACUUCGAAAAUAGGUAGACUAGUUCAAUUUGUAGACUAGUAGUUUCCAUUGGCCGAUGAAGUGCUGCACGUAGAGUGCGUGACAGUCAAGUGCAAACAUAUCCAUGGCAUAUACGUAACCUCAGACGAGUAAUUGAAGUUGCUUCUAGUAGUUAAAGUUUAAAUCAUUGAUAUCUCAAGUAUUUAUACAGCGCAACGCGACUUCACAUCUUAACAACUGCGAAAAUCUAUCAAUUAGCGUGAUUUUACUUGAGCCGUGAAACAGUUAAUAACAACUAGUGCAAAAUAGCUACAAGUAAACAAAAGAAGACAAUAGAAUAAGUAGAUAAUAGUGCGUGGUAUUCUACUACCUAUUUCACAGGUUGAGUAAAAUCACUAUAAAUACAUGCAAGAAAAUGAAUCUGCAAUAUCGAAUCUAUUUAACCGUAGAGUUCCAGUAAUUGCGUCAAUAUUCUGAGACACGUAAUGCCUCAAUACACCACGAAGCAGGAUUUCCUCCGCUAUGAUAUUUUCAUGUCCUACUUUAUCGACGGUUGAGUAUUCUUCAGGGUAUUUGCUUUUUAAUACGCGUGUAUGAAUACACGAAAAUCGGGGGAAAUUACAUCAUUGCUAAAAAGUCAGAACGAGAUCAAUUACGCGCAUCACCUCAAUCAUUACCGAGAAUAAACGGUCUCCGCUAGGAACGCCUGGGAAACCGACCUCCCUUUUGUGUCCUAAAUACGAAGAAGAAAAACGGCUUGUAGAUUAUGACUCUCGGUGCUACGCAACCUCGAGCAAUGAAGUAUGAUCCUCGCAGUUGUGAACGCAAUUUAUGUAAUUGUGUAAGAAGCCUGGGGAAAAAAUCAGUACUUCAACGGGGUUUGAACCCACGACCUAGUGCGAUGCUCUAAGCAACUGAGCUAUGAAGCCACUGAUGGUGGGAGCUGGUUAAUUAAGUGUUCAUAUAUUCGCGUGAAAAAGAUGAAUGUGACAGAUGUAUAUGAAAUGAAUCAUAUAAGAACUGCGAAAAUGAAGUCAAAUUAAGGGAACAUCUUUUUUCAUGGCUUCUUAAGCAAUUGCAUAAAUUGCGUUCACAACUGCGAGGAUCAUUCUUCAUUUGAUUUGAGAAUUUUGACGGUUGAAAGUAAUUUGAGUAACCUCAACGCGUAUGCUCUCUAGCUGACAUAGCCCCUUUAAAGAACCAAACCCCCCUGGGCCAACCGCUCGGGCGGCACGAUGCUUGAUGUGUGUGAACGACUUGUUCCAGUUCUGUGCCGCUACUGUUUACAUUAAACCGGAUAGCUUUUCGUGUCGGCACAAAAAGCUAUCCGGUAUAGUGUGAUCAUAGUUCAAACCCUACUGUUCCAGGUCUGACGAGUGAUACUGGUCUAAGUUACUAUUGCAUUUGCUUACGGACAGGAACGAAAAUUACCCAAAAACAAGAACAAGUAAAUGAAACCACUGAAACAGACUGUGGGGAGGUAGAAGAAGCUCAACCAAACGAUGAUGAAGAAAAACAACAUGCAGGUUUUAUUGGUGACGUUCUUAAUGUGGACGCUCCUGAAGGGUCAUUAGACGUAGGAUUUAUCUGA